AUGGGGUCUCUGGAGUCUCCGAGGGGCUCACGGGGUCCCCGAGGGCUCACAGGUCCCCAAGGGGCUCAGGGGGUCCCCAAAGGUCUCAUGGUGUCUCCAGGGGCUGGCGGCAGCCCCGUGCUCACCGUACGACUCGUAGUCGUCCAGCGACUUGACC